GCACCGUUAUGCUACGGAAGCGGACAGCAGCGCUGUAAAAGGCGGACGCAGUCUGCGCAGUCAGCUCACUCAGUGUCUUUUUGACAAGAGAGGAGGAACCUUGUGAAGCUUGUCCUGGUCUCGGUGUCUGCUGGUACCAUGGCGCGAGUAGAAACAUCCUCUAGCAGGCCGUACCACCUGGUUAUCUUCGGAGCCUCUGGAUUCACGGGACAGUUUGUGGUGGAAGAGGUGGCCCGGACUAUAUCCGAAGAUCCCAAAGGGAACUUGAAGUGGGCGGUGGCAGGCAGGAGCAGACACAAGCUGGAAAAAGUUCUGGAGCAAGCUGCUAGCGUCCUCGGUAAACCCAACUUAAAAACCCAGGUGGAUGUGAUUGUUGCAGAUGUUGGAGAACCCGACUCCCUAGCAGCCAUGUGCAAGCAGGCUGUGAUUGUUCUGAACUGUGUCGGGCCUUACAGAUUCUACGGUGAGCCGGUGGUCAAAGCCUGUGUGGAGAAUGGAGCUCAUCAUAUCGACAUCUCUGGAGAGCCGCAGUUUUUGGAGAGCAUGCAGUUGAACUACAGCAGCCAGGCAGCUGAGAAAGGAGUCUACAUCGUUGGGAGCUGUGGGUUUGACUCUAUUCCUGCAGACAUGGGAGUCCUCUACACCAGGGACCAGUUCAAAGGUACCCUGACUGCCGUUGAGAGCUUCCUGACUGUCGGCUCAGGACCUGAUGGUGGAUGUAUCCAUGAUGGUACGUGGCAGUCAGCCAUUUAUGGUUUAGCUGACGGCCAGAAGCUGCAGAGUCUUCGCAAGAAGUUUAAUCAAAAACCCCUCCCCGUUGUUGGCUCAAAGCUGAAACGCAGAGGCGCCCUGUUCUUCAGUAAUGAGAUCCAGCAGUACGCUCUACCCUUCAUGGGUUCUGAUCCGUCUGUUGUGAAAAGAACACAACGCUUCCUGGCAGAAGAACAUCAGGCCACACCGGUCCAGUAUGGAGCAUAUGCUGGAGUUGGAGGUGUUGGAAACGUCAUCAAGUUGAUGUUUGCUGGCAUGAUGUUCUGGCUCUUAGUCAAGUUCAGUUUUGGACGCAACCUGCUCAUCAAGUUCCCAGAGUUCUUCUCAUUUGGAUUCUUCACGAAGGCUGGACCGACCAGAAAACAGAUGGAGGGUUCAUCCUUCCAGUUUUCCUUCUAUGGUGAGGGUUACACAGAGGACCAGGACCCCUCCCAGGGCAAACCAAAUGCCAAGAUCCGUACACUAGUUCAGGGACCAGAGUGUGGGUAUGUGGCCACGCCCAUCGCCAUGGUACAGGCCGCUCUAACGAUUCUCUACGAACCUGCAGCUUUGCCCAAGAAGGGAGGUGUAUACACUCCAGGAGCUGUGUUUGCAAAGAGCACACUCGUCGACCGCCUCAAUAAACACGGCAUCCACUUUUCUGUCAUCUAAAGUUUGUCCUCUUCCAGCUUCUGUAUUUCAGGUUUUUGUGAGCACUAAUGUAUAAAUGGGAAGUUUAAAAGAGGAAAUUUCAGCUAAAAAAAAAAAAAAAAACCUUUAACAUCAAAAAUUAGUUUUUGAUGGUGUUUUCAGCAUUUAAUCCUCUGUAGUGAUUAACUUUUCAGACUCCUUCAGGCUUGGCUAUACUUUAAUUGUUCUGCUCCUAAAACAAAUGUGUUUAAUUGGUCUUUCAUGAUCUCCACUAACAUCGUUAUUGCUAAUAAACCAAAAAAAAAUGUUACCAAGGUUUGGUUCACUUCAUGUCUCUGAACACAAUCUGUGCUCAAAAGUUCAUAAGAUUGUUUUAAAAACGGUUCAUCAGUCCUUUCUCUGUACACUCACACACAAAAUACAGAAAAAAAUAUGUUUUAACAAACCCAAACCUAUUGUACAAAUUUGUGUGACAUAACUGUCUUUUCUUUUAGUUGUCUGUAUUUCUCAACAAGACUGAGGGGAACGUGUUCAUAUUAUCACACAUUCAGGUUGGAGUUUAUUUUUAAGACAAAAGGCAGACAUUUAAAAAUGAGGUAACCUCACAUUUCAUCUCAUUACCAGUCACUACUCUGGCUUUAUUCACUACCUGAUUACCCACUGUACCUGAAGGCUUUAUUCAGGUACAGUGGGUAAUUAGUUAGUAGUUUUUGUUCCAGUUCAGUAGAUCACAAUCUGAAGACAAAGAUUGGUAUUUACGUGCAAGUUUCUUUUAAAAUACAAUUUAGGUAGUUUAUAAUUUCCCUAUGAGUCUGUUUUAAAAUGUGUUAGUCACUAACUGCUUAGUUUUGUAGGGUAAACUUUAAAGGUUAAAGGUCAAAAUGGUUUCACAUGCAGCUGAUUUAAAUCUUGGCCUGAUAAAGCAUCUUGUGCAUGUUUUGGGUUAGUGCUCUGUCAGUGUCAAAUAAAGCCAAGUCUGCAAAUAAUUAAAGGUAUUGUCUUUUAUCGCACGUUUCUCUCUCUCUGAAAUUGCCAUUAUUAUUUCCAAUCCAGGAAGUUUAACUUUUGAUUUUCUAAAGCUUAAAUUCAGUGAACGACAGAUGACUUUGUGAUUUUUGAACUGUAGUUUGUAAUAAACUUCCAGGAGCUGAUGAUCUACUCCCUGAUAAACUUUCCAAAAGUUUAUGUCUAGUAGCUGAGGCUUUAGGUAUUUGCCACAAAAUAUUGAUUACUGAAAUAAUAUUUUAACAUAUGAAACGUGAUCAUUCACUGACUUUAAUUCAAAUACUUCUCUUUAAUUUAAUCUAAUUUAAUCAUUUGAACAACACCUCAUGAAUUACAUUUCAAAAAAUGAAAUUACAUUUGAAAAAACACAUUUGAAAUAACAGAAUUGCAUUAAGCCAAGGUGGAAGUGACCAAAGUGGAACCUCUUAUCUGUAUCGACCAUCAAAGUUACUCUUUCCGGGUCACAGGUCGGUGAAAUAUAAAAAUGGAUCAAAUGAAGUUAUGGGGCAUUUUACAAAUGUUUUGAUUUUUGAUGUGAGAACAAAGUGAAAAUGCAAAAAAGCAUGGCUGUAAAAUGUUCAUUUACACCUCAGGGCCACCAUCAACAUGAGACUAAAAUAUGAAAAAUAUUUGAAGUCUGUUGCUUCAUAAUUAAAAAUUUGUUGUAG